GCUAUAUAUUUAAACGGAGAUGCGGCCUCUUGUUUCGAAUCUCAAUUGGACUUGAUAGUCUCAUUCCAGGUUUUGCAAAUUUUUCUUUUCUUGCCGCACUUUUUCUUGAAUCUGUGAGAUAAGACAGUAUGAGUGGCUUCCUUUUUUACAAGCCCAAUUCCAAUCCAUCCCGUUUCUCAAAGGAGGAGCGAUUCAGCCUACACCUAUCCUCCGCUUCUACGCCAGGCAUUGCAUGUCAGAUGAGAGAUGAGGACUGUCUAUCCAGCAAUAGAAUAGCAGCUUCCGGCAAUUUCUCUGCUCUUUCUCAUCAUAGAUCUGCUUGCGAUAACAAUGCAUGCGAACGUCCUUCCGGUGAUGUAUCUCAUUGUGCUUCUGCGUCCUCACCAGACAUGAGUGGCAUACAGCACGAUGAGAUCGGUUCUCUGGCGGGCCUUUUCCUUCCGUCGGACACGAACACGAACGAGGGUUGCAGCUUGGACAUCCCCCAGCAAGUGAUUCAUUUGCGAGACGUUGGCCCUUAUUUACCAAAUGAGACCAUUAGUCUUGGCCACUUCAGCUCCAAGGAAACACCUUCUGCCAAAAAUGCUGUCCUGAUAACGAGGGAAGGGUGCCCUUCCACAACUGAGCCAAAUUUUUGCCCACGGGAAAACCUUGGAAGUCAAGGAGGUUCAGCUGUCACCCAGAGUUUUGAAGAAGAGCAGCCGAUCGUACAUGAUUUACUUCAACGUUCAAUAUCUUCUUCCGGGUCUCCGCCAUCACUACCUGGAACGGAUCUUCAUGAGGUUUCUCUGGCUGAGGGUUUUCAUGAAAGCACUGGCACAAACACUGUCAAUCUAAAUUCUCCCAGUGGAAGUGGCAUUGAUAUGCGACAUGCUUUCAAGCCGUGUGAGGCGCAGUCAAAUGCGAAUGAUACCGCGAAUGAUACCAUGCAACUAGAUGUCUCGGUUGACGACUUUGGGAGAUUCGGAGUCUAUCGAGCCCAUGCAAAACUUGGCUGUGGAUGUCACGACACCAGCAGAGCUAGAAACUGGGAUAGAGAGCAGAUUGUCUGAAGAACAGAACCUCGAGGAGAAUGGCCCGGUUGCCCCGGGCACUCCUUGUGAAGAAAUUUCUGACAUGAAUGAUGGUGUCAAUCCAUCAGACCAACCGCUUGAGGGGCAUCGGUUUAUCGGCUCGCGUUCAAUUGCAUGUCAAUCGCCCUCGUCCUGCAGAGAGACAAACGGUGUUCAUAUC